CUUUUCAUUUCAUUUCUUUCCUUUUGUUUCUUUCUCUCUUUUCUUCUUUCUUUACGGAGUAAGAGAAGAGGGGCUGAGAGAGGAGGGGAAGAUGGGGCAUGGGCUUGAUUGAAUUGGGAUUGGCAUGUGCAUAUGCAUAUGCAUGUGCAUCCGAUGGGGGUUAUUAUUUAAGCUUAUGUGUACUUAAUUCUGCUUGUGGAAUUUCUGUCUCGUCGGACAAUCAUCGUAACCUUACAGUCGUGCGAUAUUUGUGGUUUGUUUCGUGGGACUUUGUUCUACUUCUACUUCUACUUGCUACUUGGCGAAGUGAAGAAAAUACCUAUAGGAACCACAAGAAAGAUACAGAUCAAGAUCAAUCAAGAUAAAGAAAACGAGUUCGAGUUCGAAGUCGAAUAAAAUAAAAUAAGAUUAAAUAAAAUAUUUGAAGGGUGGAAGGAUUAUUAUCUUAUUUCGGAUUUUCCGAGAGAAAUUUUUGUGGUUGAGAUAAUCUUGAACUUUUGGAAGUGAAAAUGAGAUCGUUAGGGCCGUUGGUGGAAAGUUUGAAGGCGCAGUUGAGUUCUGAUGCGAAGAUUUUGAUGAAGGGGGAUGAGGGGUAUGUGGAGGGGAUUAGUAGGUGGUCGAGAGCGGCGGAGAGGGAGGCGGCCCUAAUCGUCUAUCCUACCACCGCCGAGGACGUCUCCAAACUCGUUCUUUUCGUCAAAGAACAGAGGCUCGAUUUCGCAGUCGCCGGCGGUGGACACGGCUCAUCAGGCGCCUCAUCGACCCAAAAUGGCCUUUCUAUUAACCUCUCCAAAAUGCGCAACGUAGCCGUAGACCCCGUCAAUAAAUCAGCCCGCUGUCAAGGCGGCGCCCUCUGGUCCGACGUCGAUACCGCCGCUUUCGCCCACGGCCUCGCUGCCGUCGGCGGCACUGUAAAUCAUACUGGCAUCGGUGGACUCACCCUUGGAGGUGGCUUUGGUCAUCUCACUCCCAAGCACGGAUUAGUGAUUGAUAAUCUCCUCGAAGCAGAAGUCGUUCUCGCCGAUGGACGUAUUGUAACAUGUUCUGCAAAUCAGGAACCCGAUCUCUUCUGGGCAAUCCGCGGUGCGGGUAUUGGAUUUGGCGUCACCACGAGUUUUACCUAUCGAUUGCAUCCGCAACCCAACCGUGUCUGGGGCGGUAUGCUAGUAUUUCCCCGCGAGAAGUUAGAAGCCAUCGUUUCAUUCGCCAACACAAUCGUCACGCUCGACGAAGAAAAUGCUCUCCUGCUCCUCGCGUUUGCCUCUCCACCCCCAGCCUUCCAGCCCGCGGUCCUCGUCCCCGUCUUCUACAACGGCACCGAAGCCGAAGCUCACGCCUACUUCAAACCGCUCUUGGAUCUCGAGCCACUCGCCAACACCACAAGAGAAAUGGAUUACGUAGAAGUAAACGGUAUGCUCAACGAACCCAUGGCUCACGGCCUCCGACGCAACUUGAAAGGCGCCGCGGUCAUGUUCCCACUAACCUAUGCCUUCGCCGCGGAAGUCUACACCGAGACGGAGAAAUUCCUCCUCGAAACCCCGGAUGCGAAACAUACCAUGGUGAUUUUCGAAUACAUACCUUUUGGCAAGAUAUUACAGGUGGGACAGCAAGAUACCGCGUACGCGAAUCGAGGUGCGUAUGGAAACUUGGUAUUUGGAGCGAGUUGGGAAAGUCAGGAGACGGAUACGAAGUGUAGAGAGUGGUGUAGGAUGAUGGCUCAAAAAACAAAGGCGGAGUUGGAGAGGAGGCUCAAGGACGGUACGGAUGAGAUUACCAAGGAUGGAGUGGGUGCGUAUGCGAAUUAUGAUGGUGCAAACCAUGAAGCAGGCAGUUUGGUUUAUGGCGUCAAUUAUCCACGUCUUGCCGAAUUGAAGAAGAGAUUUGACCCCGAGAAUGUAUUUUCCAAGGGUCCAAAUCUUGUUUCCUAAAUCACUGGAUUGGACUUUGAGCAUUGAUGUUAAUUAUUUGAUCAAAUAUCGUCC